CGGAGAAAGAAAUUCUCCAUGUUUCGUAGUCUGAGCAAGAGUGGCAGGGCGAAAUGUUGAGAAUGAUCCUCUGAUUCAAGCCACGUUCUCCUCAUUUUUGGACGUGUAGGAGCUGGCUGUGUCAGAAGGAAUCCCUGAUUCCAUGCUAUGAUUCCUGAUGGGGAAGUGCUUGUCUUGUUGUGAACCAACCAGCCCGUCCUGUGAGCCUACCUUCACCAGCAGUCACCCUCCACCGCCAUCUUCCCACGCUCGUGCCGCACCCCUUGUACCCCCCAUCCACACCAAGGAUGUAAAACAAGGCUCGGGGGAUCGAGAGAUUCCAGCGCUGCCUCCAGGAAAAUUGCCUAUUCCGCCCUCGGAAAAGAAGAUGUUCGGACAGUACCCCAAACUACCACCAAUCCUCAAACCCAAUAAUGGUGACACAAAACGGCUGUCUGUUGUGUCGCGUGAAUGUUCAGACACUAAAAUUCAGGCCUUGUUUGAACAAUACAAGGAACCCAAUGAAGAAGCCAUGUUAGCUGAAGGCAUUGAGAAGUUUUGCUCAGAUUUAGAAGUUAAGCCUGAUGAAUUCAUAGUGUUGGUGUUAGCAUGGAAGUUCCAGGCUGAAACCAUGUGUAAGUUUACCAGAGAGGAAUUCCUCAGUGGCUGCAGAACUCUCAAAGUUGACACAAUCAAAGGGUUACAGCUCAAAUUUCCAGAAAUGCUUAAGGAUGUUCAAAAUAAGCAACUAUUCAAAGACCUGUACCGAUGGACAUACAAGUUUGGCCUGGAUGCUGACACUGGGCAGAAAACACUGCCAAUUGAAAUGGCCAUUGGGCUGUGGAAACUGGUGUUCUCCAAAAAUCAGCCCCCAAUUCUUGAAUGCUGGCUAGAAUUUCUCGAAAAGCAUCCUAACAUACGUGGCAUUCCAAAAGACACUUGGGACAUGUACCUUAACUUUACAGAACAAGUAGGGGAUGAUCUGAGUACAUACGAUGACACGGAUGCCUGGCCCAGCCUUAUUGACGACUUUGUAGAGUAUCAAAAUGACAGACAAAAUCAGAAUGUCUAGGUUAGCUCAUCAGAUGUUUUACCACACUCAUCACUUGCAUUGGUCCCACUUAACACAAAAGAUAUACCAAUCCUCAUCAUGGUUUUAUGACAAGCCUGCAUUUUACAGUCCCAGAUAGGCUGUCUCUGACUUCAGUUCAGUUUACUUUUAUUUAAAACUCUCUUAAGUAUUGACUACACAUGUACAUUGCUGACAUAAAGUUAGUUAAUGCUGUAGUAAAUAUCUGUAUAUUGCGCUAUUUUAGCAAUUUCUUGGAGUUUUAAGUAUUGUUUUAAAAUAUCCAUCCAUUGUGUUUUAAGUACUAAAUGUGUAUUUCUUGAAUGUGAUUUUUGCCAAGUGUUUUGCCUGUCAUCAUGACAACAAGUGAAUACAUAUGCAAACAAUUUGUAUAUGAAUGCUGCCACCUUGUUGGACGUUUGUGUUGUGAAAUUAAACUUUAAAACAUUAGAAUGAGAGAACUAAAUGCAUCCACAGGACGCCAUGGUGAUAUUUUUCAGCCAAUGAAUUCAGCAGUAAUAGUAAAAGGUAAAAUGACUUAAUUCUUGACAGAACAUGUAACUGUUGUUUAUUAAGUGUUAAAAUGUUUCUUAUGUUUUCCAAAAUAGAAUUAGAGUGACUUCUACACGAACAUGUAAAUCAGGAAGAUCAAAAGAACAUGUACAAAUUAAUCACAUUUUAAUCUCAAGACAUUUGACCUUUUUAUAUGAGAUCAAAAGAUAAGUUGAGUUUGUAGACAAAGUAGAAUGUAUUUUGUGAUGGUGAUCUUAUUCCAUUUUCCUUUUGUCCAGAUUGCCAUGGAUAAUACAAGAAUUUACUUAUUUGGUAAGGUCUUUAAUAGAUUGUAACAUUUUCUUAUUGUACAGGAUUUACUUGUGUUAAUCUUUGUUUGCCCUGAGACUGAGGCUUUCAACAUGCUUCAUAACCUAUUGCCAGUAUAAACACUCUAGACAGGUACAUGUCUAACAAAAUGCAAAUGUACAGUAAGGUACAUCCAAAGACAUACAGUACACAUUUUUUUAACCUUGGAGUAAAAUCAGAAUUUCAAAAUAGCUUUUCUACGCCUCGAAAACUGAUGCUGGUUUUCCAGGCUGUUCUUUGUUUUUUAAUAUGUAAUAUGUUGGAGAAAUGAGGUUUCAAAGGCUUAACUUGCCUGAUGUUUAGGUUGAGAGAAUGGCCUGUGCUAGUAGCAGGUUUAUUUCAGCUCUUCUCAUUUAUUGUACUUACAAAGUAUUAUGUAUUUAUUAUGAGUGGACCUCUUAUCACAAUUCAAACUGUAACUGUUGGGCUUUAAAAUGCUUAGUGAAGACAUUGUUUGAAUGAGACAUCCAAUAAGUUAUGUUGAGAGUUCAUGUCUCACUGAAAUCUGUAAGAAUUUCCAGGCUUCUGCUUUUCCGGGACUUUUCAGUAGCAGCCUCUGCUGAGCUUCUGUUUUGUUGUUGAGAUGUGUAACAUCUUGUUACAGAUAGCACUGUUCCUAGCCGAUUUUCUCUGUGUCCUUCCACCCUGUGUUUGUAGUCCUCUGAUUGUGUCUUCUCUUUCCCAGCCUGGCCUAAAGGCUAUGUCUAGUCAUUCUGUGUAGUUCACAUACAUGUAUCGGUAAAAGAUUUAUUUUAACAUGGUCACAUAGUGGCCCAUCAUUUAUUGUCCAGUGAGUUGGUGGAGUACAAUGACAUUCUAUGUUUCUUGAAAAUGUUAAACAAAAAAAAAAACAUAAAAAAACAUCAGCUUUGAAAUAUCAUCUAAAGUUGUGGAGAUGGAAAUCCAACAAAGAGUUUGUUGUGUGUUUUAGCCUACUUACCUGAAGAUGCACAAGCUGCAAGCAUCUUUUCUCCUUAGUUUACCAUUCUCUGUGGAAGCAAUUUAAGACUGAUAGCAGUUUUGGAAGCUCAUGAUAAUAAUAGCGAUGUGCUCUAGGUUAGUUUACUUUCCAGUAUGCCUGAAAAGUGAAUGUGUGACUAGUCUGCUUUUACAAAGGCCAAUGUUAAACAUGUUCACAUGUGAUACAAUGGUGGGGACAUGAACUCGAAAACUCUUUCAUCUUGUCUACAUUGGUGAAAAAUAAGCCAUAUACGUUUAGGUUUUACGUUGACACCCUCAGUGUAUGAUAUACUCCACGUGACCAGCACAGGCUUGUUGAAGAUCAGGAAACGUCGGCUUUUACUGCACAAUACGGCCCCCAAAACCGAUAUUCCUGUAAUAUAAACAGUUCAACUCAAUAUCCACACAGUUCAAUCGAUCUCGGUUAGUUGUCGUCCAUGUAUCUGAAAAGAUCGUAUCCGUUAUUUUUAGCCCAGUCGAUGCUAUUCUGUAUCUUUUAUUCUAGAAAUAGCCCUGAUUCAUCUGCUAAUCUAUUUCUGCAGCACGAUCUUUUGAAGGUUUAUGGUGGUGUACAUGGUGUCUUGAUGCCGAGAGAUGAUGGCACCGGAUGCUUCGUGACCAGCGAUCUGAUCACUAUAAGCUUGUGCAGU